AGAACUUUUGUCUUCGCGCGUCUAAUUUUAUAUUCUAGAACCCAGAUGCAUAUUUCACUUGAAUUUGUCGGACAGCAGCUAGAGAUAAAAAACUAAGAAAGAUAUUGUUACGACAUGCAAAAUACAUCACAGACUUUUCGAGGUACGGCAGCUCCUGGUGUGAAUUAUUCUGACCAUAAUUAUGAUAACCAUUUAGGAGUUCAUUGCCAACCUACUGGAUACCAGCCAUAUACAAACCCACCAUACCAUCCAAUACCUUCUCCUAGACCUCAUCAUUAUGGUAAUCAUCAAAUGCAACAAAACAUGCCAUAUAGGCAUCAUGGUGGGGCUUAUGCACCUAAUCAAAAUCAAUAUGGACCUAAUAUGAGUCAGGAAAUGUAUAGAAAUCAUCAUUCUGGUUAUGUGGGAGCAAAUAAUAGAAACAUGUCAUCUAAGCCUUGGGCUGACAAUAAUUCUUCUACAGAUCUUAUGCCUCCAUAUAAUCAGGUACCAUCACAUCCUCAGUUAAUAAAUAAUCCUCCUCAAAUGCCAUCUGUUACUUCAAUGAGAUCUCCUCCACAUGCUACCUCUAAUAUGAAUCCUGCAUCCUCCCAAGGACAACAGCAUUUUAGACAGAUGCAGUCUCCUGCACAUUCACCUCAUUCAUGGUCACAAGCACAAAUUCCCAGCCCUGGUGUCAUGCAUUCCUCAAGGACUACUCCAUCUCCAUUACCAGCUCAUGCUCAUGCACGUUCACCUGGUCAUCAUAGUCAACCAUUUUCGCCUCCAGCCGCCCAUGCAAUGAAUCUGCAGCCACAUCCUCCACCUCCAGAAAAUGGACAGAUUCCACAAUCCAUCAGUAAUGCAAGUGGUAAUGAUAGUCACAAUCCUUCAAAUCCUUUACAUUCUCUGCAGAAAAUGGUAAUGUUAGAACAAGACUCAAAAUCCAUCUUGCCGAUGGUUGUUGAUGGUGCAGAGCAGUAUGCGAAUCCAUGUGGAUCUCACAAUUAUGUGCCUGAAGAAGGUGCUAGUAAUGAAUCAAAAGACUCUUCUUAUUCAACAUACUACAAUAUGGAUGAAAACCGUUUUGAAUCAAAACCAAAUAAUACUAGUAAUGACUCAUCUGCAUAUUCUGCUGUGCAGCAAGUAUCUAAUUGUAAUUUUCCAUUGCCAGCUCAUCCUCUCACUAGUGAAAAUGUAGAAAAUAUUACUGGAAAUAUUAGUAAUAAUAAUUCUAAUGUUGUUGCUGAUAUUGCACAUUCAGAUCCAAACUCGCCUUCUCAAAUGCAAAACUGUUCUGUUUUAGGACAGAAUCAUUGUGAAACAAGUGUGGGUCAGAAAGAUUGUAGUUUAAAACUGAAUGAAUGUCCUCCACACGCUGAAUCUGCGCCUGUGUUUACAGAUCAAACAAAAGCACCUGUUUCUACAAAUUCAGAACAGGCUUUGGAAUCAAAAUCAAAUGCUACUUUUACAUCUGAAAUUACUGAUCCUGAAAAUUCAGAGUCAGCCUCUGUACCUCAUAUUGAAACAACAGAAAUGUCUAAUUCAUUAAAAACAGGUGAAAGCAAAAAAGAAUUAGAUAGUGCUUCUAAAGCAGAAGUAAAACUUGAGCUAAAUAUGAAAGAUGAGGUUGAAACAAAUCAUUCCUCUGCUAAUCGCUUGCAGUCUAAUUGUGAUAGUGCUACUGAAAAUCAGGUAUCUGACACAAAUUCAGAUAACAAAUCAUCUAAUUCUGAUAAAUCACCUACAAAUAAUCAUAAUAUUUACACAUUAAAAAGUGAAUCUGAUACAGAUAAUAAAGUUGAAAAGUGUGAUAGUGAUGAUGAUGGUUCAAAUGAACAAGAAAGUCCAUCCAUUAAAUCUUCAUCUGAGGUUACUGAAACUGAAUCAGAUCACCGGACUAUUGAAAUGAGUGAGCCUGUCACUCCUGCAAAAGAGGAAUCUAAUGAUAGCCCAAAAAAGUGUGUUUUAAGGAGACGAAAAGUUGGUGCAAGUUAUGAAGAAGCGCCAUCUCCAGAAAAUGAACUAAAAGAAAACACACGUUUAGAAAAUCGAACUCCUAGAAAAUCUGCAAAAGAAUCUAGAUUAGAUUCUAAAAAACUUCCAGUUAAAUCAACUGCAAAUCAGAAAGCAGUUGAUUCUAAGCCUAUUAAAGAACUAGCUCGUAAUCCUGUUAAAGUUGUUAUUCACAGAAUCAGAAAGAGUGACACUGAUACUUGGCAUGUACCUAAUAAUAAUAAAGAAUCAUCUAAUGAAAAUCAGAGUGACAAUAGUGGGGAGAAUAAAGUAGAUCCAAAAUCUCCCAAUAUUGGUCCACAAAUAAUCAUUUUAUCUCCAGCAAUGUCUCAAAAAAAAUUUGGCUUCCAUAACUCUGUAGCUGCUAAUUCUGUAAUUACUGUUAAAGAUAAUAAUACAGUUGUUGAAACUGUUGAAAGGAAUGCAGAAAAAGAUGGAUCUACUUCAAAAAAAAUUAAUGCCUCUGAAAACAAUCCUAGUAAUACAACUCCUGAUAAAAAGCGUGGUAGACCAGUUGGGUCUAAGAAUAAGUCAUGUUCGUUGAAGAAGAAAAAAGGUAAAAAGGGUAAUAAAAAGAAAAAACUUGAACUUGCAAAGCAAAAAGUAGCAGAAGUACCUUUGAAAACUAAAAAAGUCAAAAUAUUCAGUGGACCUUAUGUUCAUAUUACAGGCAGUAAAGAAAAUCCUUCAUCUAUAUCUGUAAUAAAUGUUGCUCAAAAAGAGGAAGAAAAAGUCAAUAGUAAGAUACCAGCAAAAAGAAGUUUUAGCACUGCCAUCAGUCGAAUAAAAAAAAAGCAAGUAGGACACCUUAGUACAUUAUCACCUACUUAUGAUGCCUUUAACAGAGAUAAAACUUGGCUGUGUGUGUUUUGCCAUAAAGGUAGCCAUCAUGGAGGACUUGGAGAUUUAUAUGGCCCUUAUUACAUUAAAGACAAAAAUCCAGAUCCUGAUACAAAAUCACAUUCAGCUUCAACAUCUGCAAGUACAGGACGUGGAAAAAGGCGUAAAUCGGAUCUUGAUGACAGCAGACCUUCAAAAAGAUCUAGACAGUCAUCUGGACAUUCUUGUACUGUUGAAGCAACACCCGGUGGGAGUUCAUCGCAAAAAGAUUCUUCAGAAUCUGAAAUGGCUGAUAUGAAAGAAGUGUGGAUACAUGAAGAUUGUGCUGUGUGGUGUCAGAGCAUUUCGUUGAUGAGUGAAGAAGUUGUAGGAUUAGAAGAAGCUGUUAAUGAAGCACGUGAAAAUAUUUGUUGUCACUGUUCACUUGAUGGCGCUACAGUAGGUUGUUGGGGGAAGAGUUGCAAAGAGCAGUAUCAUUUCAGUUGUGCCAAAGAAACUGGGUGUCAGAUGGAUAUUGAAAACUUUUCAUUAUUAUGCCCCAAACAUCAGAAGAAAUCUACAGAUAAACGUGGUAGGUGCCAAUGAAGACAUAUAUGUUCCUUCAUCUUUUCCUACUGAAUCCCAGGAUGAUUCUACAUGCAAAUAGCUUGUAGAUAGAAAGCACAUCAUUCCAGUUUUUGACUUCAGUUGUGAAUAGUUGUGAGGUCGUAAUAUGCUCCAAGGAAAUGUAGGACAUGAAUACAAAUUUGUAUCAUUUUCUUGGAUGAGUCCAUAAGUGAUUUCUUAUCACAAUGUACUUUUUUUACAUGUAUAUAUUCAAAAUUAACAAAUUUUUCAGCUGAGUAACAUAUAUUCAGCAUGCGAACUAUAUUUGUGUAAUGUCAUGAAACUUUGUUCAAAAUGGUUAGAAGAGUGCGAGUCAUGCAGUCACAUUUAUAUGGGCUUUGUAAAGAGCAUAACCAUUGGCAUAGUGGUGCAAACCUGUAUUAUAUGAACUAUACCAGAUGAAUUAUUGCAUUAAAUGAAAAUGCUAUAAAAAUUGUAAAUGCAUGCUUCAUGAAAUUCAUGCCAUUAAAAAUUGGGAUAUUUAUUAAAACUGACAUGCUUGGUUUCUAAUGAUGACAGACCGUAUACUAUGGACCUUUUUAUUUCAUUGCAUAUAUUUAUAUAGACAUACAUGUAUCUAUACAUAAUUUAUAUGUACACAUCUUGUGUACUGUUGUAUAUUCUUUUUUUUUUUUUUUUUUUUAACUGGGUUUUUGUAGUUUGGGUGCUAUCACUUAAAAAUUUGUGCAUUUUAGUGUAAGUAGUGCUCUAGCAUGUGCAAGCAAAAACUGUUUCGACAUGGAAAGAAAGAGUUAUCAUUUUACGACAGCUAAGUCAUUGUGUUAUGAAUUCAUGCAUUUUUAUAUUUAUGCAUCAUGUUAAAAUUAAUAUGAAAAAAUAACCCCUUUGAAGUAUAUUUUAAAAUUAUUAUAAUUUUUUCUGAAAAUUUAUAUUCUAUUUGUACAGUGUUUUUUUUGGGGGGGGUAUUGUUUUUUAAAAUUUUAUGAAUAUUUUCUUGUUCUUGUUUUACAUGGAUUCUUUAUGUUUUACAUGGAUUUUUACAUGGAUGUUUUACAUGGAAAAUGUAUACCAUAGCUUGUUUUAUAUUUUUUAAUUAAUAUCAAUAAAAAGAAAAGCUAUUAGUAGUAUAAAUACUGACUUAAUAUAUAUCAUACUGACUUAAUAUAUAUCUAAUACUGAUAAAUAUAUAUCAUUUGAACUUACAACAACUGUGUUUGCAGUCAUCCAAAUGUUUUAUUGCAUUGCAUUCAAAUUGAACAACAAUAUUUUUAUAUAUACUUGGAAUGUUUGAAAAACUUUUACGGAAUUACUGUAUUUAAAUAUCUGUAUUAGAAAUGUAACAGAAUGCAAAUAUAUAUUAUAUGUAUAUAAAGAAAUAAAGCAUUGCUUUUCCAGCACUAACCAGGAAACAAAAGAUUACCAUAUGUUAUUGUAAUGUAUGCAAGAAUUAAUAGCAUGCUGAAGAAAUAAUCAUGGAAUAAGAAUGCAUUUUGUUGUAUCUCGCAAAAUUUUAAAUGUUACCAGAUAUUUUCAUUCCUUCAGUCAUCAUGUAAUUAGUUACCUUUUAAGUUAAUUAUUUAUACAAUAUUUAGUUUUGAUUAUGGUAUUUGAAUUUCAGUUAAAUAUUGUACAGAAAGCAGCUUGUAAAAAUAAUGUAGAAUAUCUCUUGUGUAUUCAUAUUUUUUUAAGCUAAGGGAUCUCUUUAUUAUUAAUUUUAUUAAUGUUAAUUUUCUUUUAUAUUUAUCCUUUGAAACUGUGGUUAAAAUUUGCUUGUUAAUUGUUUACCUGCCAUUUUCCCAACUGUGAGGACAUAAAAAAGUAUAUAAAUUUCUGAAGACUACAGACUUACCAGGGUAAUAACCAAUAAGUACAAUGAAUCCAAAAUAACUGGAAAAAAAAAAAAAAAAAAAAGGGAGAAGGAAUAACUUGUUAUAAUUAAUGGAAUAUUUUUGAGCAGUUUAAUUUCGAAAAUAAAUUCAUUUUGCUUUGUAAAUUAGCAUUCAAAACAAGAACAUGCUUUAUGCAAAGAACAGAAUUUUUGUUUAUAUGACGUAUGUAUUUCAAUAAGUGUCACUGGGAAGCAAAAGUUUAAUAGCUGCUUGCUAAACAUUGGAUUUAGCAGCUUAUUUAUAACAGAUGAUUUAAUAAUAUUUAUAUAUUUCAAAUUAGGUGCUGUAGAGGGUAAAAAGAAUUCCUAUGUAUGGUGGGGGGGGAUCAUUUGCUAUCUCUGCUGUUUUCCCAUGCAUUUUCUAUUCAUUUUUGUAUUUCAUAUAAAAAUUUUCCUUUAUUCUGAUGGUUUGUGCUUGUGAUUUUUUCCUCAUUCUGCAAUAGACAAAUAUAAUUUUUUUUUUUUUUUUUUUUUUUUUUUUUUAAGACAAGACUUGGCUUAUCGAAAGCUGACUGCAUUUGAUUUUUUGAUUUUGCCUUAACUCCUUUAUUUUUUUUAAUGCAUCUUUUACUAAGUGGUACUGAAUUUUCAAAUUAUUUGUUUUGCUGAAAAAAUAUAUUGUUUAUCAUAAAUAGAUAUUUUGGGUCAUUUCUGAUUUCUUUGAAAUUUUUGUAUAUGGAAGCCGUAGAAAACAUCGAAUGAAUUCAAUAAUAAAAUAAAAUUACUUAGUUAUUAUCGAACAGUAUUCUGGAAUUAGAUUUAUCAUGUGCAAUGCAAAUUCAUUAGGGAAAGUAUAUCUGAGAAUUAAGUGGAGUUUAUGUCAAAAGAUAUAGAAAGUUUUCCAUUAAGAUAAUUAUAUUUAUCUUCUAAAGUAGAUGCUAAUAGAAUAAAAAUAUUUAUAAAAUUAAGUAUGAUGUGCUCUGUCUUAAUUAAAUAAUCAGUCCCUCCCAAAAGAUAUGACUAAAACUCUUAAAUUUAUUAGAAUUUGGCAGGUUUAAACAAUUAAAUAAUAGUUGUGCAUUUUUUCAUUUGCUUUUGAUAUGAGGGUUUUUUUUUUAAAUAAAACUGGAAGCUUUUUAUGGGAUUUAAAUGCCUGGCAAUGAAUUAAAAUCCAUUUAUAACCAUCAUUCUGUACAAAUGAAGGUAUGAUACAUUUGUCAUCUAUAUAUUAAUGGGCAAGGUAAUUUGAUUUUCAUGUGAAAAUGAAUUUGAUAUGUGCAAAAUCAGUUUCUUUCAAAUGCAUAUUGACAUGAGUUAUACAGAUUCUGUUAAGAAUUCUUAUUAAACAAAUUCUGUUAACAGAAAGGAAGUACAUUUGCUUAAGAUCUCUAUGUUUAGAAAUGUGUAGGAACAAGUGAAAAUGCACAAGAACAAUAAUGGGAAAACAGGUGUUAGUAAGCAAAUGUAGAUGAACAGCAAUGUGUAAAUGUAUUCAGAAAUUGCUGAUUGUGCUAAUUUUUUCAUACUUGUAUUAAUUUCAAAUAUUUUCAUAUAAUUCUCAUAUAAUGAGACCAUGCAUAUAUAUAUAUAUCGAGAGAGCAAUCCUUCACUUAAGAUGCUUAAUUAUCUCUGCAAAAAGGCCAUGUUAAAUGAAAUUAUGUUAGUCAAAUAUAAAAUGUAUGUAAAACAUUGUUAUUUAUCCAGCUGUUUGUGGAAAUGUUCACUUUAUAAGCAUUUUUAUGUACAAAAGCAAGCAAGACGUUUUGAAUUUUAACUGAAAGUGUUUUGUUUGAAGCUCUGUCCCUUGUAUGGUUUCUCCAAAGAAAUGGUUUUUGCAUAAGUUGACCAAUCAGAUAUUCUGAAAAUAAAAAUUCUGGAAAAUGGUUCUUUUCAUGUGCUGUUGAGGGUAGCUUAUGAUACCAGUUUUAGUCAUUAUUUUUUAUAAUCAGUUAUUGAAUUACUGUAGAACAAUUGAGAGGCUUCCCUGUCUGUCUAAAAGAAUUUGUAUUUAUAUUACUUUGGAGGAACAAUGGGAAUAUAUUAUAGCCAGUGAGAAUUGAACCCAGAAUGAUGAAUUAAUAGUAUUUUGUGGCUUUAACAGUUUGAUUAUUGGUGUGCAUGUAAAAUAAUGAUUUCAUCUUUAGAAAUACAUCAAUACUAGCAAUAAUUGUGUUGAAAACUGUUGAAUAAUUAAAGUUUUCAAAGCUGCCAAUUCUCCCCCUCUCUCCAAAAAUGAUUGGGUUAUCUAAAUUAAACAGAUUUUUAGAUUCAGUCACUUAUUGAAUUAAAUUAAAGUACCUUUAGGUGAACAAGAUCAGAAUGUAAGCUUGAGGAGAGUACAUGGAAAUUAGGUCUUCCACUGCACAAUUUUAUUUUAUAAAUCAGUAUAUGUAACAUCAACUAUUACAAAAUUAUAUUAACAUAACUUUUAUAGUUUCCAAUACAUUUUCCAAGAUCAUUUACUUUAACCAUUAUCAGAAAAGUAAUUUUUUUUUAUCAAGUAGAUGUUGUCUUAUCUUUUUCAAAAAACAUUGUAAAUAUUAUUAAUCUGGAUCAUUCUUUGAAUUUGGAAAAGAAAGUGGUGUAGAAGAAACUUUUGGUUACGUAAAGAUUGCAGAUAUUUUUCUUUUAUGAAUAUGCAUGCCUUGUUAGAAUUAGAUUGGUAAAAUAUAUACUGUCUCAAAUAAUAUGGAAUAAACAGGUGUUCUAAAACACUUGUAAGAAAUGUUUGAGUUAUGUAAAAAUCAAUUGAGUUGAAUUACUUCCUAAAUAAGACAUGACAAUUCAUAAUCCAUUGAGAGUUGUUUUGUACUCUUCAAAUACAAAAUUAUGAAAAAGUGCAAGAAACAAGACAUGUAAAAUGAUUUUUACAGACUGAAUUCUGUCAGCUUUCAUUUUAGAAGCAUAUUGAUGUAGAAAUUUUUAUAGAAUAAUGCUUUCAGAAACUGACUAAGUGGUAAUGUUUUCAAGCAUGACAAAAGUUUGAUUUAAAUCUUCAACAGCAGUAGUAUGCUACUAUUGCAAAUAAUAAGCCAAUUGCCCCUUUUUUGGGGGGAAUAGAUGUGUUUCUAUUGUAACUUUAUUUCUUGGUGUAAUUUUUUACAAGCUGAUAUUAACAAUUUUUCAUUGUGUUCUGUACAUUAUUGAGUUCCUUUUUUACGUCUCUCUGUUUAAUUUUUUUCUCACAAUUCUUAAUAUCAAAAUCGUAUCAAUACGAAAUUCAUACAUAAUAAAACACUGGUUGUAAAAAGUCUAUAAAUGAAUGUGAAACUUUUGUAGUAACGUAAAUGAAUAAAUACUUUAUAAAAUAAAAUAUACUUAUGAAUUUGAUUGUUUAUAAGGUAAUUUAAAGUU